UCCACCAAAUGGUGCUGGGACGAGCAAGGGUCGCGCUGCCCCUCUCCUGCUGGGCUCGCCUGGGCUCCCUGGUGCUCGGCAGGGACACAGGGGCGGCAUGCUCCUCCCGAAGGACCCUGUGGACAUCUAGGACGUCGGGAGAUGCGGAGAGGAUCAAGGAGAAGGCCGUAGAGGCCGUCGAAGGAGGCGAGGAGGAGGGCGGCGGGCGCCUCUCCUCUUCCAUCCAUCCACCUCCUCCUCCUCUUCCUCUUUCUUCCUCUCCUUCGGAAAGCGAUUCGAGGGCGGAAGGAAGUCGAGGAAGAAUCAUCUUGCCCCUGGAGUCCAUGGGCGAGUUUGUAUCCUCGCUGACAGAAGAGCAGAGGGCAGCCCUUCUGCAGGAGAUUCACGAGGCGCAGGCAACCGAAGUCAAGAGGAGGGCCGAGGAGAAAUUAGCUUCCUGGAGGUGGCGUUCGCGAUUUGGCCGCCCAACCUCAGUGCAUUCUCUUGGUGCUGACCCUACAGGAACUUAUUGUGCUAUACCGCAGGAUUGGCUUCAAAAGAAAGUUGCGGAGAAGACGAAAGCCAGACCUCCAAAUGCAACAGAACUAAGACAGUUGGCUGUGUUUAAUGCUCUACCAUUUAUUGGUUUUGGUUUCCUUGACAACUUCAUCAUGAUUAUUGCUGGUGAUUACAUUGACCUCACCAUUGGUACGACUCUGGGUAUAAGCACAUUAGCGGCUGCAGCCCUCGGGAACACUGUCAGUGAUCUGGCUGGUAUAGGGUCUGCAUGGUAUGUGGAGAACAUGGCAGCUAGGACUGGCAUGCGACCCCCAGACCUUACGCAAGAACAGCUUGACACGGUUUCUGCAAGAUGGUCUGCAAACGUGGGCAGGGGCAUUGGCGUUGUGGUGGGCUGUCUGAUGGGCAUGUUUCCACUCCUCUUCCUACCGUUCCACGAAGAGGACAAGAGUGAAGUAGAGGCAACAUAAUACUUAUUUUUGAUAGGAUUUGAGGAGUAGGGUGGAUGUGAAAAUGAGAGGGUGACUUGGAGUGAUUUUUUUUUCCCCUCCAGAGUCUGAUGUUUGUGUGUUGAGA